AUGGCCGACCGCAAGACGGUCUGCAUUAUCGGUGCCGGCCCGUCCGGCUUGGCCGCGGCCAAGAACUUGCUCUGGGACCGCCGCGCCCGCAGCAAGUUCCGCGUCACUAUUGUCGAGAGCCAGCCGCGGAUCGGCGGCCUGUGGCCCAGCAGCCGCGGUGACAAUGGCGGCCUUGUGCACCCACUCAUGCUGGCCAACCAGAGCCGCCAUACUGUCCAGCUCAGUGGGCUGGCCUGGGAGGACGACGCACCCUCCUUUCCCCGGGCCUGGCAGAUCGGCGCCUAUCUUGAGCGGUACUUUCAGCGGUACUGUCGUGGCCCGCAGGAGAUUGGUGAUCUGGUGGUGAAGCUGAGCCAGCGUGUGGUCAGGGCCAAGCCGAUUGAUAAUGGGACGAGUGGCUGGCACGUGUGGACGCAGGCCACGGAUACGGAGGGCGGUGGUCGCGACGUGGUGGAUGCCGGCGUGUUUGACUAUCUCGUUGUGGCCAGCGGCUACUUUGGAAGUCCCAAUAUCCCGGACGGCCUGAAGACGACGACGACGACGACGACGACGACGGCCAACUCUGGGGGCGUUCCCGUUGUUCACAGCAGUGCCUACCGUGACCUGGACACGCUCUUUGCCGGACACCCACCAAAGAAGGACCAAAAGGGCAAGAUCGUGGUCGCAGGCGGACAGUUUUCUGGUGUUGAGAUCGCCGCUACCAUUGCCAGCCACUUGUCCUCGGCUGGGCAUGCUCCAGGCGCAGCGAUAGACACCAUACCUGCCGCUUCGGUGCACCACAUUAUCCAGCAGCCCUUCUGGGUGUUCCCGCUGCACACGUCGCCAGCCCCUGCGGCCAACGCUCCCCCGUUCCUCCCCUUCGAUCUGCCCUCGUACAACAUCCGCAAGCGUCCGCAGCCACUGGCCGACACGCAGGGCCAUAUCACCGCGGAGACGGCUCGGUUUGUUCACGGCCUCUUUGAGACGGCGCUCGGCACCGACCAGGCUGAGAUCCACCCGGCGCUCGCCAUUGCCAAAGACAGCACCGUGCGCGACGCACCGCCCAUGAUGGCCGUCAGCGAUACGUAUCUUGAACAUGUCCGUUCCGGCCGCAUCACACUGUCGACUGGCAAGCUGACUGCUGUCACGGACGCACAAGCCGUGGUUACGGACGUGUCUGAGUCGGAGAACGUGGACAACGUGGCCGCGGUUGUACUGGCCACGGGCUUCUCGGCCGCGACGUCGCUCGCAUUUUUUCCUGACAGUGUCAAGCAGGCGCUGCACUUCGAUGCAACCGACGCCCGUCAGAUCGUCGCGCUGGCCUUUAACGGCACAUACCACCCUGCUGUUGCCAACUUGGCCUUUGUGGGCUUCUAUCGCUCGCCCUACUGGGGUGUCAUGGAGAUGCAGGCACGUCUGGCCACUGCCCUCUUUGUGUCGGACGCAGCCUCUCCGUCACCGUCACAAGACGUCGCCUCCUGGGUCCCUGCCACGCCGCAAUGGCCACAGCUGGCCGCGGCACUGGCAGACGAUCGUUCCAUCGAGCGUACACUGUCGCUGCGUGCCGACCCGGAGCGUACAUCCCAGUUCCCCAUGGGCGACUACCUGUACCUGAUGCACACCUUCGGCGAGGCAUUGGGGAUUCCGCGGCGGGCAGCCGACCCAGCAGAUGCUGCUCUCCAGACCCGUGACGUCGCCCUGGACGUUGUGACACCAGCACACUAUUUCGACGGCGACGACGACCAGGGCGACGAGAACACUGGGGGUGAGCCGACGGUCGACAGCCUGGACACCGUCAAGGCCAUCGAACACACGGCCGCCACAGUCAAGGCUGGCCUGCACGAUACCCGUUUUGUCGCUCGUGCUGUGUUCCGCAGUCUGCAGGGCACGUGGAAGCUUGACCGCACACUCACAAGCCACCUGCCCAGCCACCCAAGCGGCCGCUUCGUCGGUACGGCGGAGUUCCGUCUGCGCCAGGGAACCAAGGACGGCAUGUCCGAGUCGGUAAAGCUCGGCGAGGAGGACGAAGACGAGUGCGAGUACCUGUACGUCGAGGAUGGCACCUUCACGGCUCUGAACGGACCCUCGUUCCAGGCGACGCGGCGCUACGUGUGGCGGUACAAUGCACGCGACGACCGUAUGAGUGUGUGGUUUGCGCGCACUGACGAGUCCUCGCGCGCCGACUACUUGUUCCAUGCGCUGGAGUUUUCGCCGUCGCCGUCGCGCAAGGGGUGGAAGGCCACGGCGGGCCAUCUCUGCAUCGACGAUUUUUACGAUGUGCACUAUGAGUUUGGCGUGUCUGGCGUCAACCUCACCAACUGGACGCUCGAGUAUGGGGUACGCGGCCCCAAGAAAGACUACACAAUCUUCGGAACGUAUCGGCGGUGA